AUGGCAAGCAACGAGGAAGCCAGUGGUACACGCUACUCACCGGUCCUUGAGACCAGUCGCAUUUUCUCCGAUCUCUGCGAACAAUCGGAACGCCUCAACCUGCCGUCCGAGGUUCUGGCCAACAAAGACCGGGUAUCCUUUUCCACCAGCCAUAAUGAAAUUUACUUCCCGAUCCCCUUCAAAGAGACCGAGACUUUGGCAGCGCUGAAGGGUAUAGAGGGCUCUGUGGCUGCUGCCAUUGCGGAUCUGCGUUUCGGACAGAAUGCGCAGCCGCGCGGCGUGCAGGUCAGCCUGGAGGGCGCGACGGCUUUUGGAUGCCAGGCCUACAUAGCAAAGCUGGAUGGGCUGUCAAAACUGGAUCCCAACGUCAAGUCUAGAUUGAAGAAUACGGAUCUGUUGGCUGCUCAAUCGAAUGGAUACCGACGCAUGUCGGCCAACUUGUACAAGACAAAGAACCCUGGCGAGUUCUACCACAUCCACGGCUCUCUGGAAGCCACGACAACGUUGAAUAUGAUUGGCUUGGAGGGCCACCGCCCUGAUUUGACGGAUUACGAGGAGAUCAUCAAGGUCAUUGAGGGUCAGGUGCAGAAGUACUCCGUUUCCGAGCUGGAAGAAAUGAACAAGGAGAGACGCCAAGCUGGUGUCCCAGCACUGAAGCACGAAGAAUUUAUCAAAACUCCUCACGGCAAACUCAAUGUGCAAGAACCUCCAUGGAAAGUCACUCAACUCCCAGGCAACCUGCCCCCAACCCCAUUCCCAUCAAUCCGCAACGGCAGCAAGAAGAUCCUCGAAGGUGUCAAGGUCCUUGAGAUGUGCCGCAUCAUCGCAGGCCCCACCGUCACCCGCAUCCUGGCCGAGUACGGCGCCGACGUGCUGAAGAUCACCAGCCCGAACCUAUCAGACGUGCCCUUCUUCCAGGUCGACGGCAACAUGGGAAAACACGCCGCAGACCUCGACUUGAAGACUGAGGCCGGACGAGCUGAGUUCGAGAAGCUGCUGGCCGACGCGGACGUCAUCGUGGAUGGAUAUCGUCCUGGAGCAUUGGAGAAGCUCGGAUACGGCCCGCAGGCCAUGGCUGCUCUGGCCGAGAAGCGCGGAAAGGGCAUUGUCUACGUGAACGAGAAUUGUUUCGGCUACGAGGGUGAAUGGGCCGGCCGUGCUGGCUGGCAGCAGAUUGCAGACUGCGUAACUGGCAUCGCUUGGGCCCAAGGUCAAUUCAUGGGCCUCUCUACCCCAGUCGUACCCCCAUUCCCAAUCUCCGACUACGGCACAGGCUGCAUGGGCGCCAUCGCCGCACUCUCUGGCCUCUACCACCGAGCCAAGACCGGUGGCUCAUACCAUGGCAAGGCAUCGUUGAUGCACUAUGAUCUGCUUCUCUUCGCCGUGGGUCAGUACUCCGCCGAGGUGCAGGAACAACUGCGUGCUUCACAGCCGCCCGAGUUCUUCAAGCUGCGGCACUGCGACAGCGUCGACCGGAUCGGGUCGACGGUGCUCAAGGGCAUGAAGGAGCGGUUCCCGCAUCUGUAUGCGUCUGCUGGUGAGGGGCCUGAGGGUCGUAAGCCGUUGGUGGAGAAGUGGUUCUCGCGUGCUUAUAAUGCGGAUAUUGAGGUUGUAAGCCCGGUUGCUGCUGUUGAGGGUGUGGAGAAUCGGUUCGUCAGGGCCAGUCGGCCCAAUGGCGCAGAUCGGGCUUCCUGGGAGGAUUUCAAGGUUGACGGAGAGGGCAAGGGUGAUGUGAAGAAAUGUUGA